GCAGAGGAGGAGAGUCAGGGCAGAGACGCUGCAUCUCCAGAAGAGCUGGACUCACAGACCAAUGGAGACAGGUGUGUCUGAUGUGACGCCAGCAGGCUGGCUCAGGGAACACAACUUCAAUACAAUGUAGACACCAAAAAGCAGACAGAAUAAGAGUCUGAACACCGAGCCAACAGAAGGAGGGUGAGUUCAAGGAGGAGGAAUAACAGCUGUGUCGAAGCAGAAGAUAAGAAGAGAAAGAGAGGGAAGCAGCAGACUGUGAAUCAUUGACUUGGACCUUUUGUGUGCAGCGGUGUCACCGACUCCUUCCUGUGAAGUGUUCACUCACACUCAGAUCUUCACCGGAAAAGGAUCACAACCUCAGCUCUCGUCUUUGAGCGCCUCUCGCUCCUCCCUUCCACCUCUCUGCUGAGUUGUAGUCUGAACAGAGGGAGACUCCAGCCGUCAGCAUGUGCCAUGUCAUCGUCACCUGCCGCUCCAUGCUGUGGACUCUGCUGAGUAUUGUGGCCGCGUUCGGAGAGCUCAUCGCCUUCAUGAGCACUGACUGGCUGGUGGGAUUCCCCCGAACCCCCGAUGCGGUCUACGGCCCCCAUGGGGCCACCACAGCUGGAGAAGCCUACAGGCCCACUUUAGGCAUCUACGGCCGCUGUAUAAAACUGUCCCACCUGAAGCGUGGAAUACUGUGCGGACCGUACGCCAUACACUUUGGGGAGAUUGCCAGCGGGUUCUGGCAGGCUACUUCUAUCUUCCUGGCUGCAGGGAUCCUGCUGCUGUGUGCCGUGGCCUUCAUCUCAGUCUUCACCAUGUGCUUCCAGAGCAUCAUGAAGAAGAGCAUCUUCAACGUGUGUGGACUGCUGCAGGGGAUCGCAGUUGUUUAUUUGGUGCCGGCCCAAACAGAAAAAGGUGGGCGUGUUGUGAAGGACAUGCCAAGCUGUAAACCCAGCUCUGUGCCGGCCUGCUGA